GUUCCUUUACCCUUCAUGUCCAGGAUACAAUGCUUGCUGCACAUCUUUGAUUUUUGCUUACUGGUUGAGGUUCUCAAAAAUCCUAAAAGUGGAUCUAAUUUUGGUAGGGAUGGGCGGUGAGGCAGGACCUGGAUGUUCAUCGGUUGGAGUUGGAGCGUUGCUGGAGCUGGGGCCUUUCUUUUCGAAUUACAACGGCACAGGGCUAGUUCGCAACGAGCACUCUUGGAAUAAAUUGGCCAAUAUAGUAUUCGUGGAGUCCCCUGCUUUUGUAGGCUUCUCCUACUCCAACACAUCAUCUGACUAUUCUUUUUUCUCAGACGAUCUCACUGCUAAAUACAACUUGGCCUUCACCCUUGGGUGGUUCGUAAAGUUCCCCGAAUACAAGAAGAACGAGUUUUAUUUGACUGGAGAGAGCUUUGCAGGGCACUACGUUCCAGAGCUGGCGCAGCAGAUUCUAAGCUACAAUGAGCAAUCGACGGGCUUCAAAAUCAAUUUCAAGGGUUUUGCGGUGAUGCCUACUCGGACAACAUAGGAGCCACAGAUUUCUAUCAUUCCCAUAGUCUCAUCUCUGAUGAAACAUACAAGAAACUGAGGGACAAUUGCGACUUUGCAUAUGAUCUUCUAGUUGACAAUUCCUUGCACAGCGCGACGUGUUUGAACACUUCUAAUUACGCUCUCGAUGUAGUCAUGAGGAAGAUCAACAUUUACAACAUUUACGGUCAGUCAUAUAAUCCUCCUGCCAAUCCCAACCGUCCCGCAUUCGUAAAGGUGAUCGUCUUCAAUCAUCUCCAGACGUUUUUGUGGCCUCCUUUCCACCAACGUAUAGGGUUUGUGCACAUUCAAUAAUCUCAGGCCAGGAAGCAACUGCAUUGAAUUGAAAGCUGAAGAAAUUUCUACUAAGUAGAAGAAUUUGCAAUGUGUCGUGUUACUCAAUGUGUCGAUACGGAUGGGUUCGUACCAACGACAUCGACGCGCUACUGGAUUGCAAAAUUGAAUCUACCAAUCGAGACUGUUUGGUACCCUUAGAACUAUUUCAGCAGGUUGGAGGCUGGUCUCAGAUUUUUACAAACUUGACAUUCGCCACCAUCAGAGAGGCAGGCCAUGCAGUUCCUGAAUAUCAACCAGGUCGAGCGCCACAACUGUUCAAGCACUUCCUCAAGGGUCAAUCAUUACCGACAUUCAACUAUACAAACUACUGUUAGGAUGCUUUUAAACCAUUUGCAAUGUAACAUUGCAUCUCAUACGUAUUAUUCGGGCCAUUGCAAAUUGCAAAUUAAGGCUUCUCAUUACAAUAAUGUGAGGCGAAGUGUUAACCAUUUGAGCAAAGAAUACGCUCGAUUUGCACUGGGCAGGUUUAUGUGCAGUGAACAAAUCACUGGAUAUUUAGAGUGCAAAUACGAGUGAUGGGUCUAUGACCAGACUUCAGAAAUGCUAUCAGAACUCUUCAAGUCUGUUCGGGGAUCAAUUAUUCGGUUUCAUGACUGUGUAAUUGAUUUCGGCCUUCUUUAGAAGACCCAAAAGUCGUUGCCUGCCAUGUCUUUAGAAACUCAAACAUAGUACUCACAUGCAUACUAUGCAAGCUGCUCUGCUUAUGGAAGAUGCUUUUCUUUAUCACA